GGCAGUAGCCUGGCAAUGUAUAAGACAGUACCUCUUUAUGAGCACUGGAGGUCGCUAUUCUGUUGAUUUUUACCUGUGGGUUCAGCACACCUCACCUUUUUGUCCCUCAGUGGACACCAUAGUCUAGGCGCCAUCUUUGAAAAUGUUCUUCUUUUCCACUGAAAAGCUUAAUGACCAGAGCCAGAGAGGACCACUACUGUGAGCAAAUAAAUGCAACAAGGUCUCAUCCACAAUCCAGAACCACUGUGUCCAGUGUCCAAUCUCUCCGCACAACAACCCACCUGAUAAACACUAAAAACACAACGCAGAGUCCAAGGGUGUGUCGAGAGGCAGUGACAUUGUGGGUUACAUCUUUGGUGCCGUGACCCGGAUUGUGGUAAUUCUAAGACCGAAGAGAGACUGACAGUAGCAUCCCCAGACAUGCUGCUAAACUGAACUGUAUCCUCUGUGAAUGGACCGGUCCAUGUGGUGGACUGAGCUACUACUGAGCUGUAUGAGAAGAUUAUCCACCUUCAACAUAUCCUUUCAGUGCUAUGAAAGUUAUUUUCAUUGAAUGACUUUAUAUGGUAUCCUAUAAACUGAACAGCUAAUUGAAAUUGAGAAAGAACAAGAAAAAAAAAUGCUAUAUUCUGUGAGAGAAUUUUGAAGUGACAACUAUAUGAGUAUUAUUUGUUGUCUACUUGGUUCAUAUGCGUUGAGUUGGACACACAGAGCUGUGUACUGACUAAUUGUUUGGUUAAUGUGAAUUUUAUGCACGGAUUGAUAUUUGUUACUAUUGUUGUUUUUCCUUUUUUUUCUUUUUAUUGUUUUCAUUGCACUUCACUAUACACCUACAACAUACACAGACUCCCAACUCCUGCCCAAGCCCGUGGCCCCAGUUAAACUAACUGAAGAUGUUGAGUGACUACACUGGCCUGGAGGGCACAGGCCCUACAACCAGCCAUGACUCUCCCCACAAGCCACAUUCCUCUCCUGGACAUGCAACAGGCCAUAACUACAACCCUCCCCCUACCACACAAUUCCAUAUUCAGGAUGAAGGAGCAACGGCUGAUGCCAGUACAGUGAAGCAGCAGCAGUCGGCGCGGCCAAAGCAUACCAACAUGUUCCUCAGCUCCCCUAGCCCUCAGCAGCAGCACCACACUCAGUACUCAGGGCAGGGCUGGCAGCUUACGCCGCCACCCCCAACUCUGUCCCCGCAUACCCCAGCUAAUGUGUCCACAUUGCCGCGCCACCAGAUCGGCAGGUCAGGCUACAGACUCCCAACUCCCGCCCAAGUCCAGGCUGCUCAUCCUAGCCCCCUGACCUACACCAGCAAUUCAGAUUCCACCCAUGCGCCCCAGCUCCCUAUGCCGAAUUCUCGAAACCCCCAAAUGAACCUUUCGAACAACCCUCCUGUCCAACACCACUCUCAGUCCCUGGCCCAUAAUGAGAUGACCCCCCGGCGCCCGCCUGCAACUGGUGAAAGAGGCCCUAUCCCUAUGAAUGUGAAUUAUGGAAAUGUUGAUUACGCAACCCCUUCCCAUGCCUCUGCUACAGCACAUCUACAGACACCUGCUGCCCACCCCCAAGCCAGUCUGUAUCCCCAUGCCCUCCCACAAGCUAUUCAUGAUACAGCUUCCCCUCACACCCCUGCCCCAGUAUACUUUCAGAUGCCAACUCCAGAUCCUCAAGCCAGAAUGUACCCCACUAUCCUCACACAAAACCUUGAUCAUGCAGCCCCUCUCCAUGGCCCCGCCCCAGUACAUCCAUGGACACCUGCUUCUGAUCCCAGGGUCAACGUGUAUCCUAAUGCACUCCCCCAAUCCACACCUCUACCUCCAUUCUUCGCUCCAAACAGCGCCAUAGCCCAACCGAGUCCUCCCGCUGCUUAUGGUGGCUUCCUGCAGACUCAUCAGGUUAAAAAUGUCCAAAUCUUCACUGGACAUUCUGAUAGCAAGAUGCUUGUGGAGGACUGGAUUCGUGACAUGCAGUAUCUCCUGGAGGCCAUAGAGCUUCCCAUGCACCUCCGCUUUUCCACAGUAGUGCGACACCUGGGUGGUGAAGCCAGAAGAUUGGUGUUGAAUCUACCUCCCCAUGACCAAACCCCUGAGAAAGCAUUUGAGGAAUUGAGGGCGGAAUACAGUGACACAUAUGGCUCUCUAGAUCCACUAGCUGACUUCUAUGAACGAAUCCAGAGGCCUGGAGAGUCUUGUUGCUCAUAUGCCAUAGCACUGGAGGCAACACUGCGAGCUGUUGAAGACAGUGAGAGAGGAGGCAGGCCUUUCCCCGACCGUGAUAGCAAACUCACCCGGCAGUUCUUAAGGGGGCUUGAAGAUGAGGAGACGUAUGCCCGAAUUUUGCCAAUGAAGCCCCGGCUAUUGAGCUUCCGAGAGCUGCAACAGGAGCUCAGAGAUCUAGCAAAAGAAACAAAGAAGUUCCAACCACAGCACAAGACAAAGAAAGCAUAUGCCCAGGUACAUGGCACACCUGAGUGUGGUACUAAUGAGAAGACAGAGACAUCGAAACAGAACUCAGAACUGUCAGAGUUGAGAGAGAUUGUACAGAAAUUGGCUCUAAGCCAAGAGCAACAGAUGGCCAUGUUGUCUCACCUCGAAUCAAGAAUUUUGGUCCCACCCACUGUCCAGCCUGCUGGCUCACCCACUGUACCGCCUGCUGUCUCACGCAUUGUCCCUCCUGCAGCCCCCCCACAAAGAUUCCAGUCAUCACCAAGGACUACAGUACAGGGCUCCAGUGUGACAUGCUACCGGUGUGGGAAACUAGGACACAUUGCCCGGGUCUGCAGAGCAGCUCUCCCAGAUCCCAGCCUGUCCUUGGCUCAGCAACCCCAGCCGGUGACCCCUGUGGAGGGAAACACAGCUCCCUCAGCACAACAUUUAAACGCCUAGAGCCCAUGGUUACCGGGGCAACCAUGGGUGAGCAGCAAGUGUCCCCAUUACAGGUGAGCGGAACUGAUGAUGGAGGAGAGGAUACCCCCCUAGUGGGCCCCAGGAAUGAGGGGAAGGUGGAAGUCAAUGGGGUAAAAUGCAAGGCACUCAUAGACUCUGGCUCCCAGAUUACCA